GCGGCUCGGCCGCGCAUGGACGCGCGCUCCCGCCUGCACCUAUGCUGCUUGGAGAUGACAACCAAAAGGAAGAUCAUCGGCCGCCUGGUGCCAUGCCGGUGUUUCCGAGGGGAGGAAGAGAUCGUGUCCGUGUUGGAUUACUCUCACUGUGGCCUGCAGCAGGUGCCAAAGGAGGUUUUUAAUUUUGAGAGGACCUUGGAGGAGCUUUACCUUGAUGCCAACCAGAUUGAAGAGCUACCCAAGCAACUGUUCAACUGUCAGGCUUUACGGAAGCUGAGCAUCCCUGACAACGACCUGUCCAGCCUCCCCACCACCAUCGCCAGCCUCGUGAACCUCAGAGAGCUUGAUAUCAGUAAAAAUGGAAUUCAAGAUUUUCCAGAAAAUAUCAAGUGUUGUAAAUGUUUAACGAUUAUCGAAGCCAGUGUGAACCCCGUGUCCAAGCUGCCAGAUGGCUUCACACAACUUCUAAAUCUGACCCAGCUCUAUCUAAAUGAUGCCUUUUUGGAGUUUCUUCCAGCUAACUUUGGAAGACUUGUCAAAUUGCGAAUUUUGGAGUUAAGAGAAAACCACUUGAAAACUCUACCAAAGUCAAUGCACAAACUGACUCAGCUGGAGAGACUUGAUCUGGGCAAUAAUGAAUUCUCUGAACUGCCUGAGGUUCUUGAACAAAUUCAGAAUCUAAAGGAACUGUGGAUGGACAAUAAUUCUCUGCAAGUGCUACCUGGGUCUAUAGGGAAGUUAAAACAGCUCGUGUACCUGGAUGUGUCCAAAAACAGGAUAGAAACUGUGGAUUUGGACAUCUCGGGAUGUGAAGGGCUUGAGGAUCUCCUGUUGUCAUCCAACAUGCUGCAGCAGCUGCCAGAUUCCAUUGGGCUGUUGAAGAGGCUGACAACUCUGAAAGUAGAUGACAACCAGCUCACAAUUCUGCCCAAUGCCAUUGGAAAUUUGUCUUUGUUAGAAGAAUUUGACUGCAGCUGCAAUGAAUUGGAGUCCCUGCCCUCCACCAUCGGGUACCUCCACAACCUGAGGACCUUGGCUGUGGAUGAGAAUUUCCUCCCGGAGCUGCCCAGAGAAAUUGGAAGCUGUAAAAACGUUACGGUGAUGUCUCUGCGCUCCAACAAGCUGGAAUUUCUUCCCGAUGAAAUUGGGCAGAUGCAGAAGUUGAGAGUGUUAAACCUGAGCGAUAACAGACUGAAGAAUUUACCCUUCACUUUUACUAAACUCAAAGAACUUGCAGCUUUGUGGCUUUCUGACAACCAGUCCAAGGCUCUCAUCCCACUGCAGACGGAGGCACAUCCUGAAACCAAGCACGACGUGCUGACCAACUACAUGUUCCCCCAGCAGCCCCGCAGUGAUGAAGAUUUCCAGUCGGACAGUGACAGUUUUAACCCCACUCUGUGGGAGGAGCAGAGGCAGCAGCGCAUGACUGUGGCAUUUGAGUUUGAAGACAAAAAGGAAGAGGAGGAAAACCCAGGGAAAGUUAAAGUUGAAAUAAAUCUAAAACGUUACCCCACUCCCUACCCGGAGGAUUUAAAGAAUAUGGUCAAAUCAGUCCAAAACCUGGUGGGCAAACCCAGCCAUGGAGUGCGGCCUGAGAACUCUGCACCCGCUGCCAACAGUGACCAAGGGGUGAAAGACAAGUAUGAGCACAAAUGGCCCAUGACACCCAAGGAGAUUUCAGUGGAGGAUGCCUUUGGACAUCCUGCCAGUGAGAUGAGGAUAGGGGAGCUCCGUCCUUCCAUGCCUGAGACUCCAUUGUACCCCCCCAAACUCGUUCUGCUGGGUAAAGACAAGAAAGAGUCGACAGAUGAGUCUGAAGCAGAUAAGAUCCAUUGUCUGAAUAACAGCGUUUCCUCAGGCACUUACUCAGACUAUUCCCCUUCCCAGGCUUCCUCAGGGUCCUCCAAUGCGCACGUUAAAAUGGGCUCCUUGCAGACAACGGCUAAAGAAGCAGUGAAUAACUCUCUGUGGGGGAACAGGCUGGCACAGUCGUUCCCACAGCCCCUGGAGACCAAGCCAUUGCUGAGCCAGCGGGAAUCGGCUCCAGCCGGGAACCUGCCAGCGCGACCGGAACGGCGCCCGCUGAGUGACACGUUCACCGAGGGCUGGACUGACAGUUCCCACUACGACAACACAGGGUUUGUGGCCGAGGAAAGCGCGGUGGAGAACCCCAGCGCCAACCCCCUGCUCACCACCAAAUCGAGGAGCUCAUCUGCACACGGGCGCAGGCCACUGAUCCGACAGGACAGGAUAGUUGGCAUCCCUCUGGAGCUGGAGCAGCCGACGCUCAGAAACACACACGAAUCUGAAGUGCCUCCUCCCAAUCCUUGGCAAAAUUGGACCAGAACCCCUAGUCCCUUUGAAGACAGGACAGCUUUUCCUUCCAAACUGGAAAGCACCCCCACCACCAGCCCUUUGCCUGAGCGGAAAGAUCAUGUCAAAGAGUCUCCUGAAAUGACAAGUACUUUCCCUCCAGGAAUAGCAUGGGAAUAUCACGACUCAAACGCUAACAGAAGCCUCACAAACGUCUUUUCCCAUAUCCACUGUCGCCCAGAUCCUUCCAAAAACGUCAUUUCCAUCAGCAAGAGUACAGAGCGGCUUUCCCCAAUGAUGAGGGAUUUAAAAACGAACAAGUUUAAGAAGUCUCAGAGUAUCGAUGAGAUAGACAUUGGUACAUACAAGGUGUACAACAUCCCCCUAGAAAACUAUGCAUCCGGGAACGAUACUGUAGGGCCUCACGAGAGGGUGGACAAGCUGCUGGGCCCGGAGCAUGGCAUGCUGAGCAUGUCCCGCAGCCAGUCUGUGCCCAUGCUGGACGACGAGCUGCUGACCUACGGCAGCGUCAAGGUGCAGCCGCAGCAGAAAUCGUCUGUCACCAAGAAAGUCUACCAGUUUGACCAAAGCUUCAACCCCCAGGGUGCUGUGGAGGUCACGGCUGACAAGAGACUCCUGCCGCCCUUCCAGCUCAACCCCGAAUACAUCCCCCAGCCACCCAAAAACCUGCCCCAGGAGCUGGUGAGCCCGCGGGGGUACCGCGGGUAUGCACCCGUGGAGCCCAUGUUCUCCUUCUCGCAGCCCUCGGUGAGCGAGGAGCCUGUGGGGCCCCCCUUUGGCAGCCAGGGCACACGACCAGGCUUCCUGCGCAGGGCGGAUUCCCUGGUCAGCUCCACCGAGAUGUCCAUGUUCCGCAGGGUCAGUGAGCCCCAGGAGCUGCCCCCGGGCGACAGGUACGGCCGGGCCCCGUUCCGCGGGGCGGCCGAGCGCCAGAGCGGCAUGGCCGUGCCCGAGGCACAGUUCCUCAAGCGCAACGGGCGCUACGAAGACGAGCUCCCUUCCUACCAGGAGGUGAAAGCCCAGACUGGGAGCUUCCCAGUUAAAAACCUCACGCAAAGGAGGCCCUUGUCCGCACGAAGCUACAGUACAGAGAGCUACGGCACAUCCCAAACCCGGCCCGUCUCAGCGAGGCCGACAAUGGCAGCGCUGCUGGAAAAGAUUCCGUCAGACUAUAACUUGGGUAACUAUGGCGACAAGCCUUCCGAUAACAGUGAUAUAAAGCCAAGGCCUCCCCCUGGGAAGGGAAAUGAGAGCUGUGCUAAAAUGCCCGCUGACUGGAGACAACAGCUACUUAGACAUAUAGAAGCUAGAAGGUUAGACAGGACCGCUGCUUACAAACACCACACAGUUAGCCUUGGCAUGCUGCACUCUGGAGGGGUUUCAGCAAUGCAUGCCGGCCGAAGCAUGACUUUAAACUUGCAGACUAAAUCUAAAUUUGAAAACCAAAUGCUUCAAGAGCUACCUCUACCGAAAACCCCGUCGCAGCAGAGCAGCAUCCUGGACAACGGGCAGGACGAGGUGUCCGUGGGCAGCCAGUGGAACCCGUACCCGCUGGGGCGGCGGGAUGUGCCCCCCGACACUGUCACCAAGAAGGCAGGUAGCCACAUCCAGACCCUCAUGGGAUCCCAGAGCCUGCAGCACCGGAGCCGGGAGCAGCCCUACGAGGGGAGCAUGAACAAGGUCACCAUCCAGCAGUACCAGCCACCGCUGCCCAUCCAGAUCCCGGCAGCACAGAGCUCCCGAGCCCCCCAGACCGGGCGGUGCCUCAUCCAGACCAAGGGCCAGCGGAGCACCGACGCCUACCAGGAGCAGUUUUGUGUGAGGAUAGAGAAGAAUCCUGGCCUGGGGUUUAGUAUCAGUGGUGGAAUAAGUGGACAAGGAAAUCCAUUCAAACCUUCCGAUAAGGGUAUCUUUGUUACUAGGGUUCAGCCUGACGGCCCCGCGUCCAGCCUGCUCCAGCCCGGGGACAAGAUCCUGCAGGCCAAUGGACACAGCUUUGUACAUAUGGAACACGAGAAGGCUGUGCUUCUACUGAAGAGUUUCCAGAACACAGUAGACCUUGUUAUUCAACGUGAGCUUACUGUCUAAAUAUUUUUUAUAAAUAGUAAAUAUGUCUAGCCAGAUCUAAUGUUCAAACAGAUUUAUACAUAGGAAACCAAUUUUUGCCAAUUGCUGGACCAAUGGCAAACAGUAGUGCCAAAUGUAUAAUACUCUAUGUUAGUACCAAUCAUCGGGAAAAAUAUAUUAACUAUAUAAAUAUAUUGUUCAUGUGGCUCCGUAUUAGUUUUACUUGUCAGCCUCUGGCUGUGCAUUGGUGCGUUUUUUUAAUCAAGUUACUUCUUAAAGUCAAUUUCAUAUAAUUUCAGAACACAGAAGCACAUACAAAUCCUUUAGGAAUUCUGCUGUCCAUCAGAAACACUGCCUCAGAGUUGUAUAUGCCUUUAUAAAGAUGAACUAUAUUAACCUGUACUUCCCAUGAAAUAUUUCUAUCAUGUCACAUACAAAAGUAUAGAGAAAAAAAUAUUUUCAUAAACACCUCAAAGAAAUAUAUUAAAUUAAAUUUAAUAAUGUUCAUUUAUUUUCAAUGCAAAGAUAUUCUAUGCCUUAUGAAAAUACCUGUACAUAUGCCGUGUGUAUAGUUGGCUCCGUAGGGAUCAGGAACAAUUCAUAUACAGGGUGAGAGACUUCUGAAAUUGAACUCUGGGACCUCGGUACAAAAACCCACAUGGAAAUGGGUGAACUUCCUUUGGAAUGGGUUAAAACUUCCUUUAGGAUGCGUUAACUUCCUUUGGAAUGGGCCAGGUUGGAUGGACCUUGGAGCGAUCUGGUCUAGUGGAAGGUGUCUCUGCCCAUGGCAGGGGAUGGAAUGGGAUGAGCUCUAAGGUCCCUUCCAAGCCAAACCAUUCUAUGAUUCUAUGAUUCUGACUUCCUUUGGAAUGGGUUAACUCCCUCUGGAAUGGGUUAAUCCCUUUGGUUUGGCACUUCCCAUGGAUUCCAUGUGCACACACUACAGGAGAACCCCGAGGACAGGCAGGUUUGGCGCACAGAUGGAGGAAGGUUGUGAUGGUGGCAGUAAAACUUCUUUUGUUGCUGCUAAUUUUAUUAUUUCACUUUUUUAAUUUCCAAUUCGAGGCCCUUUACUCACAUCCCCCAUUCCCAUGGACAUUGUUGUGUAUCUUCACUGGCUCCAGGCUGGGCCAUGCCCUGCUUGGGAUAUUGCCAUCGGAGAGGCUUUAUGUGAUCCUUGAUUUGAUCAGGAGUCCUUUACAGGGAAUGGGAGUAGGUUUGAGAGCUGACACAUCCCAGGGAACAGCAGGUGACACUGAGUGACACCAAGCCAGCCUGGGAGGAGCAUUCCCAGCUCAGGGCACAGUGUGACAACCCUCAGGUCCAAGUCCUGGUGCUGCUCCCAACAAAGAGAGUCCUGACAGCUGCUGGUGGUUCAGGGCUCCAGCAUGGUUAAACCUGAUAGCAAGAUGAAAAAAACACAGGGAAACCUCCCUUCAGGUAUUUUCAGGGGAUCCCAUUUCCCUGAGAAAGGGCUGAGGGAGAGCUGGCACCGGGCUUGUCUGUGGCUGGACUCAUUCCCACCCAAAAAUCCCACGUCCAAGGGUGCAGCCACAGCCCACAGACACAGCCAGGGAUAUUCCACUUUGCUGCCUCCAAGAGCCACUAGGAAUUCCUAAACCUUCCCUCCCUGGCUGUGGGACCUUUUGGAGCUUUGCUGGGAGAGGAGGGACAGAGCUGAGCCCUGGAGAGCUGAGGGGUCCCCCUACACAGGGAGUCCUGCACAGGGCGAUGAUGGGGGAGGAAAAAGAAAGCAAAAAACCUGCUUUCAAAAUGCUUUUUUAAAAUUUUUUGAGGAAAAAGCCCAGCCCAGACCCCAGGAAGCCUCCAAGACCCCCCUUUUCCCAGUGCCAGCUCACAGUUCGUAUCCAGGUGAUGACAAACUACGGGAGUUAUCAGCCAGGUGUUCCAACAGCAACAAUUUAACAUCUUCAAAUCUUGCUUUUCGAGAUGUUUUAUAGCACAUCCACGUCUGCAUCUGUAUUUGGUGGCAGUGCCAGCCCCUGGGAGGGAACAGGAGAUGCCAACUGGGUGGCUGUGCCAGCCAGUGGCUCUGAGCAGGGACCAAGCAGGACAAUACUGGGGGUGAAUGGGGUAGCUGAGAGCAGAGACAAGGAAAUCCAAGGAAAAUCCAAG